CCCAUUUUGGAGUAUCUAACUAUGUCUUAUUUCGUUGUUUUUCCCACUUAUCUCAAUUGAUAAGAUAAAUUUACGAGUAGUUCCCAUUUUUGAGUAUUUAUCUUUUCGUUCAACCACCAAUACCACCCAUCCCUGGUAUCUAUUUAUAUGUAAAAGGUUGAACCGCCAGAAAUAAGAUACCGCUUAUCUGAGGUUUAACUUCCAUUGAAAAAAUUACAAGCGAUAGUCUAGCAAUGUUUUCACACACCACUACCAUGAAAAAAUCCAAUAAUUAAACAAUCAUCAAAAUGUUGUGUUGUAUGGACAAUCCCAGUUUUCGUAAAGAUGGUGACAGAAAGGAUAAAGGUAUAGAAUUAUCGGUUUCAAGAGCAAAUGGGGGUGGUGCUUCAGCGAGCCAAAAUUUAGUCACUUGUACACCGGAAGUAUGCAGAACGGCUAGACAACGAUAUCAAGCCCCGGAUCUUGCCGGUAGUCCUUGGCACAUCAAAAAGACUAUAUUUCUCGUCGGAAUAAUAGUGCUUUUGAUUAUCUGGAUAAUCGUUUUUACCACUUUAAAUCAAUUUAAACUGUUGUGAUCGUAUGUAGUUUGAUAAGUGAAGAAACAACAAAAAAUCCAUAUUUUUUUUGUGCUAAUUUAGGUGCAAUAAUGAAUAUAUUCUUAUUAGUUGUUGUGUUGUUGAAUUAUUUAUAACCGGAAUUAAAUAACUCUCAAGGUAACCCACCACAAGUGGGUAAAACAAAACAACAACGAAAUCACUCUCCAAUCAGAUUGUUAUCAAACUUUUAUCUAUAUGUUUCCAACGUUUAAACAAUGAACACCAGUACGGAAAUUUUAACAAAACGCCAUACCGAGGUGAUGGCGGAGCCUUCGCCGGGGGCUUCCGUGAGGAAACCACAAGUCCAGCAAGUUAUAGUUGGGUGGGACAGACAGAAGUCGUUCACAUUUCUUGGACUUUCACUCUGUUUCGUUGUUUGGGCCUGCGUGUAUUUCCCCUUGAUGUCAUAACAAACACACUUUCACUUGUAAAUAUAAGAAAAUCUGUUUUAAUAAAAUGUAUUGUGGGUUGACUGUAAGUUUAAUUUGCACAUCAUCUCCUCCAAGGUUAAAUUAUUGAAUCAAAUUAGACCAAAAAUGAUAUGAAAUAUUUUAAUGUGUUUUGGAAGACAUGUCGUUCUUUUAUAACGCGACCCCGUUUUUAUUUGUGGCCGUUUUAAUAAUUAUUGAACAAGUUUAUUGUAGAGACGCAUCUUCAUUGACUGAUAAUUUGCCUAAAUUACCUUUAUGGGAUGUUAAAAAUUCAACUCAGUGGCCAAGUUUGGGUCAACCAAGCAACCCAUCAUGGGUCAGACCGAAUACUCGUCAACGUCCCAUCAAUAAUAAUUUUAACACAGGGACGCGUCGCCAAGAACCCCAAUCAACAAAUGAAGUGACUGAUGAUGAACUAAGAGAUUUUGCUGAAACAUUGUUAUUAAAAGAUGUAAACAAUGCUGCUAAAUAUGUAACAAUCAAUUUGCAGAGUAAAACUACCUCGAGUUCGAAUCGAGAUGCAGCACCUUUGCCACUUUUGUCAAUUGAAAAAGAAGCUUUUAAAAUAGCAUCGAUUGAAAAAACGCUACUUUUGCACGACAAUUACAUCGUCGAAAGUAACAUGAACGAAUAUUCCAGUCCUCAAGAAAAAAAUGAGGAAAAUUCGCUUCUGGAUACGAUUUUAACCACGCCAGUAAUGCAAGAAACUCGCAAUUUUCUCAUCGAGACCAAUAAAAUCGGGCGAGAUCCAAACGAAUUUAGGAAAAUUUUACGCGAAAUUUGGUUCGAUAUGUAUGCUAGAGGCGGCGGUAAAAUCGGUUCCAGUGGUUUCGAACACGUUUUUUUAGCAGAAAUUAAAAAGAAUCAAGUUUCGGGUUUGCACAAUUGGCUUUAUUUCGAUCAAGAAGAGCGAAAUAAUCAGGCCAAUUAUUUGGGAUACAUGAAAAAAAUUGACCUUGGCAAUAAAGGGGCAAUUUUGAAAUACCAUUUCACCUUUCACGGCAUUGAUAAGCCAGUUGGAUCGAUGUUUAUUGGGACAAGUCCCGAAUUUGAAAUGGCUUUGUAUACGACAUGUUUUUUGCUAAGAGCUGACCGAAUUUGUCCUUUGAAGUUGAAUGGAAAUAGAUUUGUUAUAAGGACUUUUACGUAUAGGUAUAGGGGGAAAAAUUUGAUCGGGAGUGCCUUCCCUGACAUUUGAUCUAUAUUUAUUACCAUCAUCGAGUGUAUUUGCAAUUAGAGAUAAAAAUUGUUACAACAUUCACAAAUAAAUAAGAUAAAACAAUAA